AUGGCCAUUUCCAUAUACAGCACUCUCCUCCCCUUCCCAAAACUCACCGUUUCAAGCAGAAAAUACCAUCACUUCGCAGGCCCAAACCCAUCAAACCUCAGCAUCCCGACAACCUCCACCGUCUGCGCCAAGGCGCUCCACUCAAAAACCAGCGACUCCUUGACCUCCAUAAUCACCGAGCUCGAAAAAGAAAGUCUCAACAAGGACGAUCAGAAUCAACGACAAGAAGAUAUUAACACUACCCACGACGAGCGCCGUCUCUCCAACGUAUGGCGGGAGCUCCACGGCCAAGACGACUGGGUCGGGUUACUCGACCCGAUGGACCCGCUUCUGCGAUCCGAGCUCAUCCGCUACGGCGAAAUGGCCCAGGCCUGCUACGACGCCUUCGACUUCGACCCCUUCUCCAAGUACUGCGGCAGCUGCCGCUUCGUCCCCCGCAGCUUCUUCCCGUCUCUGGGCAUGGUCCACCUCGGCUACCACGUGUCACGCUACCUCUUCGCCACGUCAAAUAUCAACCUCCCCAACUUCUUCAAGAAGUCGCGCUGGCCAAAAGUCUGGAGCAAAAACGCCAACUGGAUCGGAUACGUCGCCGUUUCGGACGACGAAACGACAGCCCGUUUAGGCCGGCGCGACAUCAGCAUCGCGUGGCGGGGCACCGUGACCCGGCUCGAGUGGAUCGUGGACUUAAUGGACUUUUUAAAGCCCGUUUCCGGGAAUAAGAUCCCCUGCCCUGAUCCGACCGUCAAAGUCGAAUCCGGGUUUCUGGAUCUUUACACCGAUAAAGACGAGACGUGCCGAUAUUCUACGUUUUCGGCUAGGGAACAGAUUUUAACGGAGAUCAAGCGAUUGGUGGAGAUGUAUUCCGGCGAGGAAUUGAGCAUUACGAUCACCGGGCACAGCCUCGGGAGCGCGCUGGCGAUUUUGAGCGCGUACGAUAUAACGGAAACGGGUUUGAACGUGACGGCGGACGGUCAGGUCGUGCCCGUAUCCGUUUUAUCGUUCUCGGGUCCUCGGGUCGGGAACGUGCGGUUUAAGGAGCGGCUUGAGUCGCUGGGGGUGAAGGUGUUGAGGGUUGUGAACGUUCAUGACGUGGUGCCUAAAUCGCCUGGGCUGUUCUUUAACGAACAUGUGGCGCCACGGCUGAUGAAGUUGGCGGAGGGCUUGCCGUGGAGCUACUCGCACGUCGGGGUCCAGCUUGAGUUGGAUCAUAAAAACUCACCGUUUUUGAAGCAGACGAGUGAUCCUGUUUGUGCGCAUAAUUUGGAGGCUCACUUGCAUUUGCUUGACGGAUACCAUGGGAAAGGCCAUAGGUUUGUGCUAGCGAGUGGAAGAGACCCAGCAUUGGUGAACAAAGCCUCUGAUUUCUUGAAAGAUCAUUACUUGGUUCCACCAUACUGGAGGCAAGACGAGAACAAGGGCAUGGUGAGGAGCAAGGAUGGCCGUUGGAUCCAGCCCGAACGCCCGAAACUCGAUGAUCACCCUGAAGACAUACACCACCAUCUCAAACAAUUAGGCCUUGCCUCCGAUCAUUAG